UGAAGCAUCAUGGGUAGUUCUGUAUGACCUCUGACCUUCAGUUUGUAUACAAACAUGGCGUCGGUUGGAGAUAAAAUUUCUUGCACGUAAAAGAUAAUCGUUUUUUCUCCCAUUCCUGUCCGUAGUGAAGAGCUCUCGCUGUCCAGAAUGUCGUUUCCAGUGCCAGGGGGACGGAAGCGCCCGGGCAGAGAUGACCCACCAAAGCAGAAGACCAGCUCUUCUGGGAGACAGAGAACACCUGAGAAGUCUAAAGUAGACUUUGAUGAAGACUUCUAUGCCAACCUAGCAGCUGAAGCUGAUUUUGAUGAAGAGUCAGAAGUGUCCGAGGCAGAUCCUCAACAAGUGGUUGGAUCAAUGGGGGACAUUGAUGACAUGGAUGCAGAAUUGUUUGGAAGCUCUCUGAAGAGAAAGAAAACCCCACCAUCUAGGGGCAGUGCUGUCAGUACCCCACCUUCCAGGGGUGGGGAGAACAAACCCUUAUCCCCCUCCCUCAGGACAAAGUCUGGCUCUCCUACAUCUGCAAGGAAGUCUGUUACUUUUUCUGACAACAAGAAGCCAGCCACCACCAGCUCUGAUGUCAGCAGUUCUUACAAUGUAGACAUUUCCGUGUCUGUGGGACCUGACAAGGACUCCAGUACCAAGGACAGCCAGUCCCCAGAACCAGCCAGGAAACCUGGCUCCAGAGGGUACAAGGGCAAGAAAUUCCAGACAGACUUUGGAGAUUUUGAUGAGGAUGACCCACUUGCGGGUCUACUGUCAGAUGAGGAGGAUGCCCCAAAGAAGAAGAAACCAGCCAAGAAAACACCACAAAGAAAGGUGACAGAAGAGACACAAAGUUCACCAGGGGCAAAACCGGGUGGAACCGUCCCUAGAGCAGAGGAGAUAUCUCCAAGGAUGUCGGAGCCUGAGAGGCCACGGACGUCUCACGGCCGGAGACAGGAUGAGCCGGAGGAGGAGAGGAGGGUACAGACCGCUCCUCCUGCUGGACAACAGGAGAAGAAACAACCAGAGAUCAGCUCCAGCCCUCGCCAGGAGAAAACCACAGCUUCCAGAAGAGGCAAGCCUAAAAGGGAAGAGAUCUCCUUUGAUGAUGAUGAUGAUGACUUAAUGGGAACAAUGGGGUUUGAUGACAGCCCUCGACAGGAGAAGAAAGUUGUGCAGAAGAAACAAGAGGACCAGGAAGACUUACAACAGCAAAUUGCUGCAGAGGAGGAACAGGACCAGUUGGAUGAUGAUGGGAAGUCUGCCAAGUCCAGGUUUGAUGCACUGCUGGGAGUGGGGACAGCCAAGAAGCUACUGGAGAGGCCUGGGACAGGGGAGAGGAAAGAGUUUUCACUGGACAAGUACAAAAAGCCACAACAAGAUGAAAAGAAAGAGAAGGAGCCCACUGAAGAAGACUUCAACUUCGGGUCAUACAUGCCGUCAGCUGCUGCCAAGACUCCGCCAUCCCGGGGGAGACCACGCACAGGGGACAGGUCUGUCAGGUUUGAGGAUGAUGAUGACAUCUUCGGCUCCCCCCAAGGGAAGACCCCCUCCCGAGGGGGGCGCAGAAGUGCCCUGGACGACCUGUUGGACCCCACCCCUAGUGCCAAAAAACCUCCAACCCCCAAGUCUGGAAAACUGAAGACUCCUGCUGAGAAAGACAAGGACUCAGACUGGCUUGGUCUGAAGGAUUCUGACAACAAGAGCAACGACCCAUCUGAUUGGCUGGGAAUGACCACAUCCAGCAAAACUGACCAAUCAGGUACCAUCUCUGAUUCAACUCCAGCCAAAAAGGAAGGGAAGGACACGAGUAGUUCAGCGGCAGAUUUUCUUGGCCUUGGUGACGAGGUUGACCCUGACACCUUGACCUCGAGUACAAGAGGACACCAGGACGCUCCAUUCCGAUCCACCGUAGACGAGGGUAAAGCAGACAUCUUCACAGCCCCUGCACUACGAGACCAGACCUCCCCUUUCCCGUGGGAUGGCCCGACCGGUGGUCGCCCUCGGAGGCGCCAGCCUGGUACAGCGGGGCUGCUAGACAGUGGGCCGAUAUCUCCCAGAGACACUGGGCCUCUGGAUGAUGAUCCUGUUCGAGACCAUCCUCCGCUGAGAAGAAGUGGCGACCCCUUGUCUAUGGAUGAUCCCCUAGCUAUGGAUGGUCCUGUAGACCCACUGGGACCAGUAGGUCCCCUACCCAGGAGUAGUCCUGUUAUAGGGCGGGACCAUCAACAGCCAGAACUGCCAAGGAGAGCUUCACAGCCUGCUAGAAGAGGGCCACAAAUGGGAGAGGGACAACAGCACAUGCAGGUCCAGCCUCCUUCUCAGCCUGCCAUUGGGCAAGCUCGGCCCUUACCCACACCCUCAGUACCACAGGGGCACACUGGGACAUAUGGAGCCAACGAGAGGCUGAGUCUAGAACUGCAGCAGCAGGCAGAUAUGUUCAAACAGCAGCAGGAAAUGUUAGCCCGACAGAACCAGGAGAUGGUGCGGCAACAACAGGAGCAGAUCAAGGCUCUCCACAUGCAGCAGGAAAGACUGAUGCAGCAGAUCUCACCCCGUUCUCAAAUGGCCUCUCAUUCAGCAAUGGCACCCCAGUCCCAGAUGACUCCUAACUACCAGCUGCCAACUUAUCAGCUACCUACAAUGGGACAUUCACCUGCCAAUGUUAGUGAUCUAGAAAGCAAGAUCCGUCAGCUGCAGGCAGAGAGAGAUCACCUACAGAUCAUGUUGGAGUCCAGUAAACACAGGCACCAGGAGGAGCUGUCCAGUGUGGAGGAGGCUCACAAGGCACGGCUACAGCUGGCUGAGGAGUCCUUUCAGCGCAGGGAGGCUAGGCUGCGAGAGGAGAACGAGCAGCUGGUGACCCAGCACCUGGCGCGGCUGAAGACAGCUGAUGAGGAGAAGGCGCAGGUGCAGGCUGCUCACCAUAAGAAGGUCCUGGAGCUGCAGGCUGAGAAGUCUGAGGAACUGGAGAGGAUCAAGGAACUACAUAGAAAAUCCGUCCAGGAGCUUCAGUCUGACCACGAGGACCAGCUGAACAGACUCCACAGGAUGAGAGAACAGGAGAUCGAGGCAGCUACAAGUGCUACCAGACAUACAAGAUCCCUCCAGUCAGUGGUGCAGAAAGUUGAGGAGAAUGCUAAGAACCUGGGGCAGCUGUCCUUCAAGCUGGAGGGGCACCACAUCUCAGGGCUGGAGGAGAGGGAGACUGCAGCCAGGGAGCUGGAGAGGCAGCUCAAAUUGCUGCAGGAGAGACUGGGUCACCAGCAGGAGGAGAACGAGCGCGAGCGGACCAGGCUCCAGGAUCUGAUUGGUCGACUGGAGGCACGGCUGACGGAGCAAGGUCGUCAGCUGGAGGAGGAGAGGUGGAAGGUCAAGUCUGAACAGAACAGGGUCCAGGCCUUGCAGAAGUCCCUUGAGGAAGAACGGCGGUACCUGUCCCAGCAGCUGGCCAUGGAGAGGGAGUCUGUACAGCGGGCCAAGAAUGAGCUCAUGGAGGAACAGAAGCAGGUCAUGGCUCAGUGUGCUGAGGAGAGGAGGAAACUGGCUACAGAGUGGGCAGAAUUCCACACUGCAGAAAGAGUCGCUAAGGAGAGAGCCACUGACCAAUCAGCACGCAGCAUCAAAACAGAGGCAGAGAGAGAAAGCACCAUUAAGUCACUGGCACAGGAACAGGCCUCCAUUACUGUCAAGUUGAACGACCUCAGACUGGAGGAAGAACGACUCAAUCAGGAGAAAAUUGCUUUGAACGAGAAAAGACAGGCAUUGGAUGCAGAAGCAGAAAAGAUGGCAUACCUCAGCAAACAGGUGGCCAGAAAGUCAGAGGAGAUAGAGACUGUGAGCCUGGAGGCUGCGCAGAACAGAGAGGAGGGACAGAGGGCGCUGGUGGAGGCACGCAGGGUUGAGGCCGAGCAGGACAAGAGACUGGGUACCAUCGAGUCUCAGUUACAGUAUCUCAGGCAGCAGGAGAAACAGAUAGCAGAGGAACGGCUCUCUCUUGCAAAGGACAAGAGAGAUCUGGAGCAGACAAUGGGAUCAUAUGUGUGUAUCAAUUGUCGCACACCUGUUAGGGAUAACAGCAGAGGCUUUGCACAGCAGCCAAUCAACAUUCAGCAAUUAGGACCUCAACCAAUCAACUACCAGCAAGUGCCACAAACUUUACCACAGUCUCUGAUGACCUCUCCAUCCCAGGGCCUGUCUUCACCUCAAAUAGGGAUGGUCAUGCCUUCCCCGGAGUCCUCUUACACAGCGGCUUUACCAAGUUCUGUGCUGGACUCAUCACCUCAGCCUAAUGGGAGUUUUGGGUCCCCACAACAUGAGAAUGGGGUAAUACCAGUGCCUUUUCACCCUGCCAUGUCACCUGUAGCAGCUGAUCUGGCCAGGAAGUUGUUGAAUUGGAAGAAUUCAUCAGAGAGGGACAAAGAAUACUUGGACAAUGAGAAGUUUUACUUAGAAACUCUGAAACAUUCCCCGUAUCAUAGCAAUAGCUCAAGUCCUCAGAAAGUGACAUGACAACGGUUUUAACUGUUGUUUGUAUGUUACUUACAGUUUUAGGUGCAUCUAUGCUGCAGGUAGUUUAAAUGGCUUUCAACUAACUAAAUGUGUAACAUUUAUGAUGGAGGCCAUUUACAAAGCCUUACAACAGAGGACCUCAGAUAUGAUGAAGAAUGGAAAAUACAAAAAUUAGUGUUGUUCAUCUAUGGGUCCAGUCAAAUAAAUCU